AGCUGGAAGAACAUUUGUCCCUGGGGUGUGGGGCAGGCAGUGAGCUGCUGAAAACCCAGGCCAGCAGAGACACCUCUCCAGAGACCCCGCAGAAAGAUGUCUUGCAUUUGAAGACAGGAAGUUUCGGGCACUCGGGUUAUGCUGACGUUUCAUUCUGGGUUCUUGGGACAGCCUUGCCUCUUGACUCUCAGAGAACCCAGGGCCUCCGUCUGCGUCUACCUGAGAGUCCUCGCGGAAAGGAGAGACAGGUAAGAACUCAGCGGGAGAAGCCAAGCCUUGGUAGUGAGGAGACUUGGAUCUAGAUACAGUUGGGGGUUAGGACUGAGGGACAAUUCAGUGGAGGGUAUGAAAGGGAUGGGGGAUCAGGAGCAUCGAGUGAGGGGAUCAAGGCAGGACACACAGACCAGGCAAAGGUGAGGUGCGGGCGCCCGCGGAAAAGGGAGAGUCGAGACGAGAGGGCUGGGGCGGGGUGGAGAGAAGGCGCUGGGAAGCUGUCCCUGCGGCGCCGUGCGCUCGGAGGAGGGAGGCGGGGUGGGUCUGGGGCGGCGUGCGGCGUGUGACAGCCGAGGCUGCGGCGGCUGGAACAGGUUGCUCCACCCCGCCCAGGAUCAGGCGAGGGGGAACCGGCUUGGCUGCGGCUGCCAACUCGCGCCGAGCGCGUCUGCGAACUCCCGGAGUGGAGUCCCGCGUCCUGCCUCCUGCCCGCGGGGCGCGCGCUCCUCGCUCCCCCAGGGCCCGCGUCCUCCCCGCGCAACCCUUCCCCACUUUUCCCCCCUUUUGCAAUCACAUGGCAUUUUAAGAAUGCCGGAAAGAUGGCGGUAGCGGCGGCGGCGGCGGCGGCAGGGCCGGCCGGCGGGGGAGGGGGCCGCGCGCAGCGGAGCGGGCUGCUGGAAGUUUUGGUGCGGGAUCGCUGGCACAAAGUUCUGGUGAACUUGAGCGAGGACGCCCUGGUUUUGAGCUGCGAGGAGGGCGCUGCGGCGUACAACGGCAUCGGGACCGCCACCAAUGGCUCGUUCUGCAAGGGCGCCGGCAGCGGGCACCCGGGCGCGGGCGGCGCGCAGCCCCCGGACUCGCCCGCCGGGGUCCGCACCGCCUUCACCGACCUCCCCGAGCAGGUGCCCGAGUCCAUCUCAAACCAGAAGCGUGGCGUGAAGGUGCUGAAGCAGGAGCUGGGCGGGCUGGGCAUCAGCAUCAAGGGGGGCAAGGAGAACAAGAUGCCCAUCCUUAUCAGCAAGAUCUUCAAGGGGCUGGCGGCCGAUCAGACCCAAGCCCUGUACGUGGGCGACGCCAUCCUGUCGGUGAACGGAGCCGACCUGCGGGACGCCACCCACGACGAGGCGGUGCAGGCGCUGAAGCGCGCUGGCAAGGAAGUGCUGCUGGAAGUGAAGUACAUGCGAGAGGCCACGCCCUACGUGAAGAAAGGCUCCCCCGUGUCCGAGAUUGGGUGGGAAACGCCUCCGCCUGAAUCCCCUCGGUUAGGGGGCGGCUCCUCAGACCCUCUGUCGUCGCAAUCCUUCUCCUUCCAUAGAGACCGGAAGAGCAUCCCCCUGAAGAUGUGCUACGUCACCCGGAGUAUGGCCUUGGCUGACCCUGAGAACAGGCAGCUUGAAAUCCACUCUCCAGAUGCUAAGCACACGGUGAUCCUCAGGAGCAAGGACUCAGCCACUGCCCAGGCCUGGUUCAGUGCCAUCCAUUCCAACGUUAGUGACCUGCUGCCCCGAGUGAUUGCUGAGGUCAGAGAGCAGCUGGGGAAAACAGGCAUUGCUGGGAGCCGAGAGGUCAGGCAUCUUGGCUGGCUCGCAGAAAAGGUGCCUGGGGAGAGUGAGAAGCAGUGGAAGCCAGCUCUGGUUGUACUGACUGAGAAGGACCUUUUAAUCUACGACAGCAUGCCCCGGAGGAAGGAAGCCUGGUUCAGCCCAGUUCACACAUACCCACUUCUUGCCACCAGGCUGGUCCAUUCAGGUCCAGGGAAAGGAUCGCCCCAGGCUGGUAUGGAUCUGUCCUUUGCAACGCGAACUGGUACCAGGCAGGGGAUUGAAACACACCUCUUCAGGGCCGAGAUCAGCAGGGACCUCUCCCAUUGGACAAGGAACAUAGUACAGGGUUGCCAUAACUCAGCUGAACUCAUUACUGAAGUCACCACAGCUUGCACCUACAAAAACCAGGAGUGCCGUUUGACCAUACAUUAUGAGAAUGGAUUUUCUAUUACCACUGAACCACAGGAGGGUGCCUUUCCCAAGACAAUCAUACAGUCUCCUUAUGAAAAGCUGAAAAUGUCUUCAGAUGAUGGAAUCAGGAUGCUGUAUUUAGAUUUUGGAGGCAAAGAUGGAGAGCUUCAACUGGACCUUCAUUCCUGCCCCAAGCCGAUUGUUUUCAUCAUUCAUUCCUUCCUGUCAGCUAAGAUUACAAGACUGGGCUUGGUCGCCUGAACAGAGGGGCGACUUGCCUUUGAGAAAAGGAGGGCUGCGGUGCCGCCAGAAAGUAACAUCAGACACCAUUUGCAGUGAGCAAUGCACCAGCCGUAGCAUGCCACAGUCAGCUUUAGAUCCCAAGAGUCCUGUGUAACUGUCCCAGACUGCUCUGUCAAUUUCAUCAACUACAACGGGGUACCCUGAGAAAACACCGCAAGGAAUAUCAGAAUAAAACUGUCUUUUUAGAACAGUAAAAGGGAAAAGAGGUGAGGGAGAUUGGAAAUACACAGCAUAGCUUUUAAAUAAUGACAAUCAAGGACAUGAAAUUAGAACAGCAUGUGCAGAUCUUAAUCACACCAGUUUCUAGGCAACUGGUUCACCCAGGUAAGCAAGGGUUGAAGACAUGAGAAAUGGACAUGUUCCCCUCUUUCCCCCCCAAUGACAAUGAUCCCUUGGUUUAUUGUGACUUAUUUCCUACUUCUAAUUGCGUUGAGUUUAGCUGGUAAGGAAAGAAAAGCACUUCAAAUGGAAACCCACCUUUUAUUUAAGUAUGAAGCAGCUGUUACUUUUUCUUAAUGAAUUAUCUUUCAGUGAUGUAGGAUGAUUAUUCUGAAGUGUUCUCAUUAGCAUAUGCUGAGCGGGAAUUAAAUAAAGCAUCAGAUACUGAUCUGAGCUGCAAGCUGGUGGAAUCCGAGCCAAAGUAGACCGCUUAAAUUUCAAAGCUUUGCUGAAGAGUGGUGUGCGUGGAAGAUGAUUAAUUCUGGGACUGCACUCACACCAAAGUCUGCUGUCUUAGAGCCAAGACGGAUAGCUUUAUUUAUAGAAACCAAAUUAUGGAUAUUUUUUUAAAAGAUCGUCAUUUGCUAUAUAUAUAUAUAUAUAUAUAUGACAACUCACAUGGGGUUAACCAAUCAUCCCCAUUUCGUGCUUUGCAGUGGAAGUACUGAGCAAUUUAUUGACCCUUGUUUCUGCCUGUGCUUGUGUGCAUGCAUUUUGGAAUUGGUAAUAGAGCGGCCUCAUAUAAUUCGGGCUGCUGCUGGGUUUUACAGAUACACCCAGCGUUACAAUCAGAUCUCUUGAUAGCAUCCAGCUCUUUUGGAAUUCCAGGGAAAUAAUAUAGUGACCUGAUAUUUUUCUACAAGAAUAUUUUCAGACACCAUAUAGCAUAUUACUGAUUUAAUACUUUUGCUUUGUCUUUCAAAACAAAUGCACUAAAAAUCCAUCUAUUAUUUUAUUUUGGAAUCACUUUCUUCAAAUCUUGAAAAUUAGUUCUAGAAUUUCUGUAAGCAUUUGUAACCUUUCUUUCCCCUGUAGUUUACAUAGACAAAUGUUCCAGGUUAGAUUUGUGUGUUUUUUCAGAAUCAUAUUUUAGCAAAUACCUAUGCAAAGAGCUUUAACAAGUGAAACUGUUUUAAAGGAAUGUGAUUUUGUUCACUGAGACAUAUGUGUUUAUUGAGUGGCAAAGUUUUAUUUUAGAUCAGCGUUUCUCCAAAGUAUGUAUCAUGUAACAUUAGUUCCAAGGGUCACUGACUGAGAGGUGUUUUGUAGUGGGUGAAAUAAGAGGUUUGGUUGUCAAAAAUGUUUGUUAAACACUGAGUUAAGAAAUGUUCAACAGAUUUCAUAAUCGCAGGCCUCCUCGCUUUAAUGCACAUUGUGAUUCUUCAUGGCGGGAUCCCGUAUGCCAUUCCUCGCACUUACCUACAGAACUCCUAUCUAACGGAGCAUCUUGUGAAGCUAGUGUUUAAAAACAAAACACAACAUGUUGGAAAACGCAGCUUUAGGACAUUAAUUUUUUUUUUUGGUUUCCUAUUUUAAAAUGCUGAAGAGUGAAGUCCCAGCCUGAAUAUUGUGGGAAAGCUUUGAUGCAUUUGUAAAUUAUACUGCACUCUUUCAUCAUAUAUUUUC